ACCGAGCGUCCAGUCUCAUCGCUCCCAUCGCAGAGCAGGGGCCAGACACCAUUCACACCCACGCAAGGACCUGCUUCCACCACUCUAAUCCUGGGAAGAACCCCGGGCGUGUUUGGGCCGAGGGGAGAGCGUCAGGAACGUAGUCUGCCUCCGUGGCAAUAUGCAGUUGCCUGGGAGGGUGGCCCUACUGCUGUCCUGCUGGAUCACUCUGGGACUAGGCUCAUCUCCCGGUGACCCCUGGGCCCUGUGUAAGGUAAAAUCCUGUGAAAGCAAAUUUUCGAAUGGAGUGUGUGACAAGGACUGCGCUGAACCGGAGUGUCUGAGGGACGGCUUUGACUGCAUCAAAGACAAAGGCCACUGCAAUCCAGGCCAUGUUCAGUACUGCAAGGACCACUAUGACAACAAUCAUUGUGAACAGGGCUGCAACAGCGCCCCCUGUGGUUGGGACGGGAGUGACUGUCACCAUGACCCAAUCUGGGCCAAGGGCUCAUUGAUCCUCCAGACCAGGAUCCCCUUCACACUGGGACCCUUUCAGAACAACUCCCUCCUGUGGACGCUGAGCACCCUGUUGAGGACCACGGUGAAGCUGAGAGACAGGGCUCCGUUCCAGCCCAGCAGUGACCUCCACAGGCUCCAGCCCCAGCAGCUGGCCGACCUGCUGAAACCCACAGCACCUGUCAGCAGUGAGGGCUCACUGUUGUUCCUGCAAGUGGAUAACAAGCCGUGCGUCCAGCAGCAGGAGUCCUCCUGCUUCCCCUCGGCCCCCGGGGCGGCCCGCUUCCUCCGGGCCAGGAUGGCACCGGGUCGCCCUCCGAGCGCCAGGCUGGAGGCAGUCAUCCAGGUGCGAGGAGUCAUGGAGGAACUAGGGGACCGGAGUGAGGAAAGAGUGGAGAUAAAACCUGACGGAAAACCGGGGGAGAAAACAGAUGCGCCACCACGUGCGUGGCUGUGGCCGGUGGUUGGGGUCGCGGUGAGCCUGGGCCUGGCGUCGCUGGUGGCGAUGGUGCUGGCGGUGGUGUGGCUGCGGAGGAGGAGAGGGAGGGCAGAGGAAAGGGAGCGGGCGCGGCACGGGUCCACCGCCACCGGCGGCAACAACAACGGCAGCAAGGCCUGGAUCGAGACGGCCAACCACAGAGAAGAGCGCGGGAAAGGCCGGAGGGAGAAGGAGAAUGAAAAGGAGAAGAAUAGCCUGAAGAAAAAAAAGAAAGGGAAAGAGACGGGGAAGAGACGGAGAGAGCCGCUGGGGGAGGACGCCAUACGGCUACGGCCCCUGCGGAAGGACCUGGAUAUAGGAAGUGACACGGACAUGACCCAGAGUUCCAUGGAGGAUGUCAGGUACUCUGCGAUCUGUGACCACCGAACGCCCGAGCAGAAGAACUUCAGGCUUCCUGCCAACCACCCACAAACACCGAUGCAGGCUCCCCCUAGAGGCUGGGAAAGAAACACAACCCCUUCACAUCAAAGGGCACAAACACCAACCAAUUCUGCCCCGGUUCAGUGGUGUGGUCCUGAUGGGUCUGUAGUUCUGAUCCGUGCUGUGCGCAGUGGGCUGGACCGAGUGGUUCUGGAGCUACUCAGGGCAGGAGUGCCGGUCAACAACACUGACCACACUGGGAGAUCGGCCCUCCACUGGGCAUGCACAGUGAAUCACCUCUCCUUGGCUCGAACUCUCAUCCGCUACGGUUCGGUGGUGGACCUCCAAGAUAACAAGGGCGAGACAGCUCUCUUCCUCUCCUCACUCCACGGUUGCUAUGACACCGCCAGAUUCCUGCUCCUCAACGGCGCCAAUCAGGAGCUGUGCGACUGCCGGGGUCGGCGCCCGCUGGACGUGGCCCGAGACGGCAUGCACCACCACGUACUGGAGCUGCUGUUGGCACACAGGGUGCCCAGAGGGCCUACUGUGCCCGUGGACCCGGCCUGUGAGGUGCUGUGGGACGACCGGGGCUACCUGCACUCCCCCUGGGCCGCAGCUCCAAGCCUCCCAGGCAGGAGUGCAUCAUUCUCAGGAGCCAUAACGCCUAGAGGACUGUCCUCACCUCCGCCAAGUGAUUGGUCAAUGGUUGCCAGGCAAUGCCCAUCUCCUCAAAACUGGCGCCCAUCAGUCAACCAAUCCACAACAGCACUGGUCACGCCCAGAAUCCUUGGUCAUCCAUCCAGGCCAAUCAGCACACUGCAGGAAGUGACCUCUGAGGCAGAGGAGGAAGAGAGGGAAGCAGCCCGCCAGGUUCCUCGGGCAGUUACACCUCACUUCCUAUCCCCACAGCCUGCACCCCGACAGCGCUCCUUCUCUUGUACCCAGCCUGCUUUGCAGCGACGCUCCAGCGGCAGACUAGCAGAGCUGUCGCUACAUGUCCCUUUGCCCACAGAGAAAGCAGCCAAUGAGCAUCUCGAAAGAGUGAUUUCCCCGCCACCUAAAGAAGCUCCCAGCCAAUUAGAAAGUAAAGCAAACAUCCAUAUCCCUCCCAAACCUCAGAUAGAUCCUGAAAGAGAAAUCAGCUCAAAGAACUGCAACCAAAAGAGUGAAAAAGCCAAUAAUGAAAUCGUCAUUUCCACUCAGUCUGUCUUCUAAAUGAUCCAUGUAUACAUGCCAUAAUAUAUGACAGAUCCAAUUUGAGUUGUACAAAUUAUCUCCAGCUAAGAAAUAUUUGAUGUAUUCUCCAUGUUGUCACAAUGCUAUGUCAAGGAUUAUUCUGUUAUAAAGUGCUUUAUAAUACGUAACAGCUCUCUGAAUGCCACCAUCAAAAAAUAAUUGAACUGUAUUUUUCUUCAAACAUUUUUUUUUUGCUAUUUCCAGUAACAGCAGAACCUAUUUGAAAAA